UUCGACAGCUACAUCCCAGAAUAUGCAUAUUUUCGAAAUUCCACCAACAAAUUAUUCCGGUUGGGACCGGUACAUUUCGAAAAUAAAACAUAAAGAACAAAGCUGACAACUUAUAUGCACAUAUUAAUUACGAAUAUCGUAUCAAUUCGUUUCUCUAUUAAACAGUCGACCCUCAUUUGUAUUAAAACUUCUGUGUUCAGUAAGAAAGGGAGAAUAAUCGGCGGUCAAAAUACAGAUACAACGGAUUUUCCCUAUCAAGCAUUAUUAAAGCGUAUUUCGAACGAUCAAUUAAUAUGUGGUGCUGCUAUUAUCAGUCAUUUUCAUAUUAUAACAACGGCCCACUGUGUCGAUAAGAAUAUUGAUUCACACGACAAUAUAAAAAUCAUUGUAGGUAAUUUCAAUUCAUCGAGCUAUACAGGAAUCACAUAUUAUCCGAAUAAAAUUUUCAUUCAUACCGAGUACACGGGAAAUUUAAACCCAUUUAAUACAAUUCAAAAUGACAUCGCUAUUAUUCAGAUAAAGGGUUAUAUGGAGUUCAGCAAAUUUAUAUCAAAAAUAAAACUUGCAACUGAAAAUAUUAUUGACGGUAAUAUCGGUGUAUUUGUCGGCUGGGGAUCAACAUAUUUUCCAAAUAUCGUACAUAGUGUUUUUCUUCAAAAGAUAUGGGUAACCAUUAUUAAUAAUAAAAAAUGUCAAGAUGUAUAUCCAGGAAUUUACGCGGAUCAAUUUUGCGGAAUCCAACAUCGAGGAAUUGGUCCUUGUUUCGGUGAUGGCGGGGGUCCAUUAAUAAGUGUUGGAAAACUCGUUGGUUUGAUUUCAUUAAGUAAUCCAUGUGCUGAAGGUAUACCAGAUGUAUAUACAAGCAUAUAUUAUCAUCUUAAAUUUAUUAAAUUUAUAUUGUAUAACGUAGGACAAUCUGAUUAAUUAUUAAUUUUUACAUUUUCUAUUUAUUCAAAUCAAGCAAAUUUAAUGAACCGUGGUAAUAUAACAUCGGUUCAACAUGAUUUAUGAUUAAUUUUAACAUUUAAAUGUAAUUUUUAUCA